CCCUCUCCCCUCUCUCCUAUCGAUGUCUCGCACAUCGUCACAGGUACCCCGCAGUCUCCCGCCGACUCCGGCCAUUCUCUCUCGCUCGCUCCCAUCCUCGCCCUCCCUCUUCCUCUUCCCUUUGUAGUCGGCCCGGCUGCUUUAGCGCCUCGAUCGCACAUCCACACACUCUCUCGUAUUCCUUCCCGUCAUGGAAAAUCACGCAAUCUACCCGAGCCUGCGGGGCAAGAGCGUGCUGAUCACCGGCGGCGCCGAGGGCAUCGGGGCGGCCGCGGUCGAGCUGUUCUGCCGGCAGGGGUCGCACGUCGUGUUCCUCGACUACGCGGAGACGUCGGCGGCCCAGCUGGUGGAAAAGGUGGACGGGAUCGCGGGGGCGACGAAGCCGGUCUUCAUGCACUGCGACGUGACGGACCUAGGGCGGCUGCGGGCGUGCGCGGAGCGGGUGCUGGCGGAGCACGGCGGCGCGGUCGACGUGCUGGUCAACAACGCGGGGCGGGCGGGGGCGGCGACGCGCGUGCCGACGGCGGAGGUGACGCCCGAGUCGUUCGACGCCGACGUGGCGGCCAACCUGCGGCACCAGUUCUUCCUGACGCAGGCGGUGGCGCCGGCGAUGGCGGCGCGCGGCCGCGGCAGCAUCGUCAACCUCGGCUCCAUCACCUGGCGCAUCCCCGCCACCGGCCUGCCCGUCUACACGCUCUGCAAGGCCGCCGUCCAGGGCAUGACGCGCACCCACAGCAAGGAGUUCGGCCCCCGCGGCGUCCGCGUCAACAGCGUCGUCCCCGGCGCCAUCGCCACCCGCCGCCAGAUCGACCAGGUCCUCACCCCCGCCUACCGCGCCGAGGUCAUGGCCGCCCAGAGCCUCAAGCGCGACCUCAUGCCCGAAGAGGUCGCCAGCCUCAUCCUCUUCCUCGCCGCCGACGACUCGAGCGCCAUCACUGGCAGCAGCUACGUGAUCGACGGAGGGUGGGUCAGCGACGUUUAAAAAGAAGAGGAGGGAGGGGAGACGCGGCAAGGCGACAGUUUCGGAUCGGAAUUUUCUGACCGAAGUGGUGUUUCGGGAGAGACAGUUUGCGGCUAUCGGCAUUUUUCGCGUCCGCUCUUGUGCUGUCUCGGAGAUACCGGGUCACGGAUGUCUCAGGAUAAUAUAAGGGUGACCCCCCUCGUCGCCUGUUUCGUGAUGCACAAUCCUCACAUCACUGAGGCUGUGUUUAUCGGAGUUACCAAGCGACUGUGUCGGACUUGUUUGUGCGCGCAGCCUAUCUCGCUACCAAGUUACCCCUAAAUUUCCGCCAGGG